CAAGAGGACAAAAUUGAAACUGCUUGUUCGUGUCUGGUCAGUCCUUGGUGUCGUAGUGGGAGAGUUGGUUCUCUUGUCUGUGUUACUCUGUGACAUGAAGGGUGGACUACCUCUGCGCCUUUUGGCAGUGUUCACACUCGUGGCAAGAUGUCAGCAAAAGCCACAAGUAACCUUAUCAACCAAAUUAAACCAGAUCUUCAUCGGAGACUUGAUUUAUUUGAAGUGUGACAACAUUACGAAAGGCGAUGAAAAAAACGUGAAAUGGUACUUAAAUGGCCAGGCUCUAACACAGACAGGACAGUUCUUGAAGAUACCAGUUGACAGCGGCAGUGAGGUGGGUCCUUACCGAUGUGAGGACGGUGUAGAAAAAAGUGAUCCUUUUACCAGGCCCGUCUCCGAUCUCACUCCCAGUGCCUCACUCACCAUCCAUUCAGGCCAGCCAGUGAUGCCGAGAGGUGGUUCAGUUAACCUGAAGAUUGAGCACGAGGAUGGUCUGGUAGGAUGGUUGUGCUGGACCUACAGGGGAAACAAGCUGUACAAAGUUAUCCUGAGAAAAAUGGAGAAAGAUGCUGUCAGUUACAUCUUUGAACCACAAACAAAGAGUCUCCCUGAGACAAUUGUCUGGUGCUCUGAUAAAACUACGGAAGUGAGAAGUAACCAAAUCAUCCUGCGGAACUCAGAUAAAGAAGUACUUCUGGAAAUGAAUCCCUUCCCGCCUAUAGUUGGAGAGAGUCUGACUCUGGCGUGCAUGGUCUGGGGCACAGAUCGAAUUAGCCAUGCUGUUUUCUAUAAGAAUAACGCGAGCAUUCAUAGUGGUGACAAAUCGACCUACGAAAUCCCUCAUGUGACAGAUUCUACAAAGAGAGAAUAUAAGUGUGAGGCCGUCUUCACAUACAGGGACACAACUGGUGGGCCUCCAAGGACUGAGACUUCGGAAAGUCAAGAAGUGUUUGUUCAAGGGCGUCCCAAAAGAGCAGCACUGACUGAAGACAGGUCGUGCUCUUGUUCAUCUUGCCCCGACGGAGCAUCUUAUCGGUACUACAAGAAAGAUGGUCAGUCAUGGGUCCUUCUCAGUGCCAACCAGCAGCCGACCGUGGGAGGUACUUACCGGUGUCGAGCUGUGUGGGGCAACAAGAGAUCUUUUCCCAGUAAUGCCCUUGAUCUCCCCGACUCCGGUCCUCCUCUGAUCAUAAUCGUAUUAGUUGUGAUCGUUCUGUUGGUUGUUGGUGCGACUAUUAUCUACUUUGUAAUGAAGAAGAAGAGGAACCAAGCCACAGGGGCAAUUUACGAGGAUGUGGGACAGAAGGCACGAGACAAAGAUGAGGACAAAUACCAGGAACUGCAAGUGGGGCGCGGGAGGGAUGCUGAAUACGACACCCUGAAGCUUGAAGAAAUGGGCGGAGAGAAGAAAGAAGGCGAAUAUGAAGCACUGAAGAAAGAUGGAACGAAAGAAGGCGUAUACCACACCCUGGGACAGGCGGCUGCAGCCGGAGGAGACGGGGGGUAUGAAGCACUGAAGAAAGGGGGGACGAAGGAAGACGUAUACCACAGUCUGGGACAGGAGGGGGCAACAGGAGGAGAGGGGGGGUAUGAAGCACUGAAGAAAGGGGGGGUGAAGGACGACGUAUACCACAGUCUGGGGAAAGAGGGGGCAGCAGAAGGAGAUGGGGGGUAUGAAGCAUUGAAGAAAGAGGGAACGAAAGAAGGGGUAUACCACACCCUGGGAAAGGAGGGGGCAGCAGGAGGAGACGAAAAAGCAUAGAAAAAGGACGAGGAAUCUGAGGUAGUGGACGAAAGAAAGGGGGAAAUAUAAGUGACGUGAAGUCAUUUUAUUCUCAUGCAAAUUAGCAGGCCAGUGACAUCAGGGUCUGGUCGUUCAGAUUCUAUGAUCAGACAAAACUAUACAUACAAUCUAGUGGUGUUUGAAAAGAGCAAGCAGUAACUUCAGGCGUUUCUUGGGCACGUAUCCCUGAAUAAAGACGUAAAUUUGUUUCAGUCAAGGACAAUCUCAGGUUUGUGCAAGUGGGAUCCAGAGUUUUAUACCGACUGUAUGAUUGGCAGGGAGACACAUUUAGCUAAUAUGCAUGCAUGCAUUGAUAUUAUUCAUAAUCAUUACACAUAAUACUUCGCCUACAUUUACAUCCAUUUUAAGCAGUAAAGCAAGUCGUCAUAUAUAUCUAGUCAGUCAUUCUGCUCUGACGCUUUGAGGAAAUCUUGCCAGGGCUAAAUGCUCAUUGUACAUAUACUUCCAAUAAUCUCAUCAUACAGCGAUUAUGAGUAUUUGUGUUUUCCUUAUUAUCCUGUCAGUUUAUUCCGUCAUUUUCUUCCAUAUGUACACAUAAUUAUACUAUUAUUUGUAAUGUACACAUCACAAUAACCAUCAUAUUUCACACUGUGGUAUAUAUAAAGGAGUAUCUUAUCUUAAUGAUAUCAGCUUGUAGACAUGUUUUUAAGUUUCUGUAGAAAUGCAACAUGAUAAAAGAUGUAGUCCAUGCUUUGGUUUUCCUUUUUUUUUUUUCUAACUUAAAUGAGUGGCAAUGAACAUUUGAAUGUUUUAUUUUUAACCUGUUCAUACCCAUGUACAUUUGAGGAUUGUUACAUAUUCACAUAGCAGUCUAACGGGUAAAUAAUAAGACUCUCUUUUGACUGGAUUUUGGAUGAUACAGUGUUCCAGUGAAUACCACUGAAACUGUGCAGCGUGUCUCUGGCGUGGAAGUAGUCUCUCAUUUCCUAAAUGUAUAAGUAUCACGCAAAUGCAUUUUUGUAAGCAAUGUAUGCCAAGCAUGUCUGCAAUAUACACAAUAAAGGCUUGAAUAAAGACUUGAAAGAUCA